AAAAUUUAUUAAAAAAAAUUGCAUUAAACAAUCGACGGAAACGACGGUUAGAUUAUCUAAUGGUCAGUAAUGGCACUAAAACGAUGGCAGUAGAAGAAAAGCAGGUGGGGAUCCGAUUCCCCAUAAGUCCGUUUCUCUCCCCCACACACAAUAGAGUUGUCCCUCUUAUCACCAUUUCACCAUCACUGCGCCCCCACCACUCCGAGUCCAUCGCUACCACCGUCCACCUCCGACUUGCGACCACCACGCCUGCUCUCCCAAUGACAUACAACUCUCAUAUCUAUCGUAUUUCGUCUCUCAUUUCUUCCUGGUAGCAACUUGCAUCGCGCCACCCAGGAGCCUCUUUCUUUUGGGUCAAGCGAUUCAUAAAUGAAGCAUAUUGUAAAGAUUUUGACGUUGGUAAUUGCCAUCACUGCUUUAUGGAUUGGCCUUCUACAAACUUCUAUGAUUCCACAAAGUCAUACUUGGUUGCUACCAAUCUAUUUUGUCGUGUCUUUAGGAUGUUACGGACUAUUAAUGGUUGGAGUUGGUCUGAUGAAUUUUCCUACAUGUCCUCAAGAAGCUCUGUUGUUGCAAAAGGACAUUGUUGAGGCCAAGGAAUAUUUGAAGCAAAGAGGAGUUGAUGUUGGCUCCAGCUGAACUGGUCUAUAGAUCUUCUCUGAAGUUUAGAAUUAGCUGCUACCAGCAAUUAAUUAUCUGAUUCAGAGUUGGAAAGGAUUUUUGGCAUUUUACCUUGUACUCAAUAGUAAUGUACAUGCAGUUUUGAAUUUCCACUAAUAUAUGCAUAUACUCUUUCUGUUACAAUCAGUUGCUUUCUUUCUUCUACUAAUAAUUUGGUAACACACUUGGAUUAAAUCAUUAUAUUGCUAA